CCUCAGAUGCCCCUAGGUACACAUUUCUCCCCUCCCCGGACGGGAAUUUGCGACGACCCGAAGCCGAGAUUUAAGGAACUCCACGCCUCCCCGGGUUCCCCCCAACCGAACCAUAUCUCAAGCGUUCUAUGGAGUGCGGAGCGCUAGCGCCGGGAAUGAAGCUCCAGUCCUCUAUGCCACCCGCAACGUGCUCCCCUCUCCUCUCUCGGUGCAUUUCCAAGCAGCCAAAAAUGGCGUUCGGCGUCCUGUGUUACUCGGUUGACCCGAGGAUGUCGCCUAGUGCGAUUACCGUCUGGCCCCAAGCGCCAGAUCCAGGUCGAUGGUGAGGCUCCUUUAAAGGGAUCGGCCUGGAACAUUCCGAUCGCUGUCUGGGCUGUGGAACACUGUUUAAUCGCGAGUAACCAAUAUCCUUGAUUCUAAAUAUGACGGAUUUGACAGGACGUACGGUGGUGGAGAAGACGUCGGAGGGAUGGCGGUAUCGAGCUGCGAAGACCUAUCCAUUCCCGGAGAUCGACCUGCUUACUAUGUUGUUUGAAAACGAGAAGUGCAAGGAGGACACACCAGUCCAUAUCGACGCGGCGAACCCAACUCUCCGGUACACCAAGGCCGAAGCCCGCGAACUACUCCAGUACAACGCACACAUCCUCCGCCACCAGUACGGCAUCGGAGUCAAUGGUCCCAACACAGACGUCGUCACCUGCCUCGCCAGCGGCGACUAUUUCCUCCCCGCCAUUUUCUGGGCGAUCGUCGCAGCCGACGGCGUCUUCUCCGCCGCCUCCGCCGCCUCGACGGCGGGGGAGCUGGCAAAGUUGAUCGAGCAGGCCGGCAGCAAGCUGCUCAUCGUCACGCCGGACUUGAAGGAGAUCAUCGUCAAGGCGGCGAAGCUCGCGGGCAUCGGGACCGAUCGUAUUUUGGUGCUCGAUGGGCCAGAGAAGUGCUUGAGGACGUUCCAGGGACAGAAGUUGGUGGCGCAGGGAAAGCUGCCAUGGAAGAGGAUCACGGAUCGGAAAGCGUUGGAUGACAGCUUGGUGGUGCUGAUUUACUCCAGCGGGACCACGGGAUUGCCGAAAGGUGUCCGUCUGUCGCAUACCAACCUUGUCUCCGAAGCUGUCAUCCCGGGCGACAUGUUCCUGGAGGGCAUAAAAAGAGACAAACCCAACUUCGAGUAUCGGACCCUCGCCCAUCUCCCUGUCGCGCACAUCGCCGGCAUCCAAGGCUAUCUGAUCAACCCCUUCUACAUGGGCGGUCCCGCCUACUGGAUGCCCCGCUUCGACUUCGCCCAGUUCCUCGAAUACAACCGCAAAUACCGCAUCUCGUUCUUCUUCACCGUCCCGCCGAUUUAUCUCUUGAUCGCUAAGGCCCCCAUCAUCACCGAUCAUUUCGACUCCUUGGAAGUCGCCAUCAGCGGUGCCGCGCCGUUGGGCAAAGAGCUGCAACAUGCCGCUAGCCAGAAGCUCGGGAAGGGGAAGACAUUCAUCAGCCAGACCUGGGGGUUGAGCGAGUCAACGGGCAGCGCAACCAUUAUGCCAUACGGCCAGGAUGAUGAUACCGGAAGCGUGUCGGCGCUGAUCCCGAACAUGACGGCGCGUCUGGUGGAUGACGAUGGCAAUGAUGUCGAGCCCGGGCAGCCCGGAGAAGCGUUGCUCAAGGGCCCCGUCGUCACGCAAGGGUACCAGAACAACGAUAAAGCGAACCAGGAAUCGUUCAUCGACGGAUGGUUCUGCACCGGCGACGUCUGCGUGUUCAAGGACGGAUUGUUCUACGUCGUGGACCGCAAGAAGGAAUUAAUCAAAUACAAAGGCCUCCAAGUCGCCCCCGCCGAACUCGAAGCCCUCCUCGUCAGCCACCCCAAGAUCCUCGACGCCGCCGUCAUCGGCGUCGACGCCGACGACACUGAAGUGCCGCGCGCAUACGUUGUCGCCGACCAGGCGCAGAUCUCUGCCGCGGACAUCACGGACUACGUCAAGCAGAACGUGUCGAGCCACAAGCAGCUGCGCGGCGGCGUGGUGUUCUUGGACGUGAUCCCGAAGAGCGCGGCGGGGAAGAUCUUGCGGAAGGAUUUGCGGGCGCUGGCGAAGAAGGAGACGGGGGCGAAGCUGUAAAUCGGUUUGUUUUAGAGGUCUCCUUGCCUGUUGUAUAUUCUUCCAUGUUGCUCCACUGUGCCAUUGCGGUUUUGUGCCUUUGGAGAGGUUCUCAUACACUACUUCCUUACGUAUGUACCCUACGCGCGAGUCCCGGCACGCAAUAUAUGUAUUGAAGUUUCUCGACUGGUUCUCGAUUGUCACCGCAAUGGUGUACUACUGUAGGCAAUCUCCAUGCAAGGACCCAGACACCGAAUGCGGACCGUCGUCAUGUGUGAUGUGUGACAGCUGUGCCGCCAGUCCAGAAACAGUCUAAAACAAAUCGACUAGUUAGUUAAACCUAAGUCAAAAAUCCAUUAAC